AUGAGGGUGCAGCGAUCCAAUUAUGCAGACCACAAAGUUAUGGGUCUCAGAAAUGAUGAUUGGCUCACAAUGGUGAUUGAUGGUAUGGACCAAACGAAAACAAACAUACCAAGAUUUUCCAAGGAAGACAAGCACACCACAAGCUUACCAAAGAUCAUCACCCAUAUCACUGGAGUCAUGGUGUAUACUGGCAAGGGUAUUCGAGAAUUCGCCUUUGUAGACAUGGGGCAAUUUCCACAUGAUUCAAAUCUAUGUGUGGAAGUCAUCCUUCGGUCACUCCUGCAUGUGAAGAUGGACUUGAAGAAUAAACUUUUCCUGCAGAUGUGCUCGGGAGAAUUAGAACAACAUUUCAAGGGACACAGCCUACCUUUGGGAUUCAGAUUCCGAAAGAUCCAUGGAGUUACGCAACUGCAUGUUCGCAAACAUGCUAUGGCGAAUUGGUGCCCAAAUGAAGAGGAUAACCAGUAUGACAGAGAAGCCCUUGGCCCAGAUUUAGGGUACUUGGUCCUGAAGGAAGCCACUCCAUACAUCUGGACUCUCGUGGAACACAAGAGGACUUUGACCACACCAGGAAUGACUCCAACCAUGCUGAACUUCCUAAGGGGCAUGGAGAACCAGUUGCUCAGACCUCUGGAGCAGCCUAUCAUCGGUUCGGUGGGAAGCCGUAGGCAGGGUGCAUUCAGUGGGACUGAAGAUCUCCAGCUAGGAAUGCUCGCAGCUGUCUUUACAUAUGAUGAGGUAUCCCGUCCUUGGUUGGGAAAGGCUCAGGCAAUAGAAGAUGGCGAUACAGUGAGGAUCCGCUGGUAUAUGGGAGGCUAUCCCAAAUCGUGGAAGCCCAUGUCAGGAACCAACAGCACGUCAUCUGUUCAUUGUGAAUCCCUUCUAUUAUGGGGGUUUACACUCACUGAGAAAAGUCAGCGACUGACAAGUGAAACAGCUGCAGAAUUGAAGCGGCUCUAUCAAGAAACAGAGGACCGGAUGACGAUCCAACAAGACCGCAUCUCAGAGGAAGUAUAG